GUGAAACGUCAUCGGCUUAAGAGUUAGGCAUUUGUUUUAAACUAUAAGAAAACUGGCGUACAAAACGGAGUAAUUGAUCGCCAGAGCAUGUUAAAGAACUUCCGUUAAGUCUGUUGACGAAAUAUUUAAAGUAUGUUUAAGAACUGGGGAACCUGGCUUGGAGUAGAAAACGACAAAGGCCAAGUUAAACAUGAAGGCGAGUCUGCUGUUGAUAUUAAUGAAGACCAGAACCGUGAAAUAAACAAACCGACUGCUGGUGCUGAAAGUGAGCGGAGCAGUGCUGCUGAGGAAGAUGCUCAACCGCCUCAGCUUCUCCAAAAAGCUAAAGGCUUCAGUGGUUACAUUUACAAUUUCGCCAGCAGCGCCUCAAAGAAACUGUCCGAGUCCGUGGUUGAAACAGCACAAACCCUCAAGAGGAGUGUGGAGGAGGGGAAGAUGAAUGGGAUUAUUGAUAAGACCAUUUUGGGUGAUUUCCACAAAGAACAAGAAAGGUUUGUUCAGGAGCAAAAAGCCAAAAAGUCUGGUGCUGCUGUGCCACCAUGGGUUGGUUAUAAUGAAGAGGACACCAUACAGCAACAGAUUUUAGCUCUGUCAGCUGACAAAAGAAAUUUUUUGCGAGACCCUCCUGCCGGGGUGCAGUUUCACUUUGACUGUGAGCAAAUGUAUCCAGUCGCCAUGGUGAUGUUGGAGGAAGAUGAGCUCCUUCGGAAGAUGCGCUUCCAUCUGGUCCCCAAACAGGUGAAAGAGGAAGUCUUCUGGAAGAAUUACUUCUACCGCGUGUCCUUAAUAAAGCAGUCAGCCCAGCUCACAGCUCUGGCAGCUGAGCGGAGGGACGUGGAGAAGACCGGCACCGGUCCUGAUUCUGCUCAUCAGAAGGAUGCAGUUAAAUGGAAAACUCCCUCUGCCAUCCGCACCACCAAACCAAAGUCAAAUGAGGAUGAAGAGGAGAUCUCCACCAGCCCGACUGUGGCUGAAUUUGUGAGCGACGCUUUUGACUCGUGCAAGAUAAACGAGGACGACCUACGCAAAGAAAUGGAACAGCUGGUCCUGGACAAGAGGGAACAGCCGAACGCACAGCGGGAGGAGACCGCUGACUGGGAGAGAGAGCUGCAGGAGGAACUUCAGGAGUACGACGUGUUGGAGGAUAAUGAGAACCGUGAUGACAACUGGGACAGGGAGAUUGAAGAGAUGCUAAAGGAGGACAGUUAGGAGACGCUCACACAAGCUUUUAGCUGAAGGUCAGAAGCAGCUUGUGACCACAGAUUUAAUGGCCCCACUGGAACGAUUCAUUGAAUUAUUGGUCCUCUGAGAUCUCUCAAGACAGAGGAAUACCACUGGACGUCAUUAACAUUUCACUGAGCUAUUUCUGUGGCCUUUAGUUUUAUGAGUACAUAUUUAGCAUCGUCUCCUGGAGGUAUCGUCCUGUAUCUCAAGCUCAUAAUGUGAUAACGUGAACGCCUUCAUAGCAAACUCAGGAAUUAAAGUGACACCAUCUAACUUUUGCUGAGCGGCUGCCACUGUUGCACAGGUGGCAAUUACAGGAUAAUAGUAAAUGCUUAAAAUACAGUUAAGCUAAAGCAUAACAGUAGCACAAGUAGACACGAGUCACAAACUCAACAAGCUGACUCAGCAAUGACUGUUACACGACAACAUGGACCUAAAGUUUGUUACUGUUAGCUAAAUUAGCCACCGUGAGCUGCUGGUCAUACCAGACCAAAUCAGGCUAAAAACCAGCGAGCGUAUUGAAUCGAACAAGGAUGUGUUUUAUUUCUUUAAAACUGUUUAUUUGUGAAUUUUAUUGAACUGUUUAUUUGUAAGAGGAACAAAGUGCUACGUCUUCUUACAAAAGUUGCAUAGUCUUGCUUUAAAGAUACAUUUCAAGCACAAAUGCCAUCCUGAUUGUUUCAAGUUCACCCUCAUUAAAACGUCCAUGUAACGGCUGAACAAAUACUACCUGUUAAAAUCAAAGGUUCAGUAUAAAGUAUGAAAUCUUUCUCUCUUUACUGAUGCCAGCUGCAGAAAUAACAUGAACCAAGUCAGAUGACCGUUUCUGUCAGCUCCACAGGAUUUCAUGUGACCAGUAAAAUAUAUUUUUGAACAAACUUUUAUCUUAUAACUGAGCCAACCCAUUUUUAUAAGGAGAAAUGAGGCUGUGGCAGCCUCUGUUAAUCUAACUUUUAAAAUCCUUUAACUGUUCAUGAUGGUACAGAAUGCAUUACACAGUGUACAUCACACCUGUUAGGACCUUUGGGUCCUGUGUAUUUCACCCAAAUGAUAAAAUAAAUGACUGAACAUGUGUUUUAUCUGUGAUCGAAUGCUUUGUGCCAGUCCAAACAAACUUUGUGUUCCUCCUGUUUACACCAGAAGUGAUUCAGGAACACACGCCCAAAAUCCAUUGUCUUUUGUGUUCACACUUACUGUAUAUGCAAACUUCAAUGUAGUGUUUUUUUAAAUUCUUAUUAAACCUAUAAAACAUUUAUUCUCAUGUAAAAAGUGUUGAUUCUUUUCUUGCCGGUGCCUCUGAUUCUGUUAAGUUUGCA